AUGAUCCCUCAAACAAGGUUGAUGGAGUCCCAAAUCUUUGAUUGGUAUUCUUCACUACCACUCAUGUUCUAUUUCGGUACACCCCAAGGUUAUGUGGCAGGCUUUGCUACCGACGCCAUGGUCUAUGUUCUGCGACACAGAUACAUCUCUUUCUGUGAGCUUGUGUCGCGGCCAUUCGUUAGACUUUGCGUGGAUCGACUGGUGAAAGAAAUCGAUUCCUCACUACACACUACUAUUACCUCAUACGCAUCCCAGGUCUCGACACCAGGGUACUUGGUAUGGUGUUCGAGCGGCGACGAGCGGUUCUCUAAUUCUUACAGCAGUCGACAGAGCGCAACGCCAGGCACGGGAGGAUCAGAUUCCCCGUAUUGUGAAAAGUUUAACUCUGCCGGAGAUUUGGAGAGAUGGAGUAAGGCAUGGUAUAUCGAGCAUGUCUCUAACCCCAACCUAGGUCUAUGCCUGGGGCUGAAGUCGCCUAGCUCUACAGAGAAUUUGCGUAAUAUAAGGGGUGCUUUCCAGAAAACUACAGAUCUUUGA